AUGGGCUGCGCCCCCAGCAUCCACGUCUCGCAGAGCGGCGUGAUCUACUGCCGGGACUCGGACGAGUCCAACUCGCCCCGCCAGACCACCGGCGUGUCGCAGGGCCCCGCGGCCCCUCUGCACGGCCUCUUCGUCCAGACCGACGCCGCCGACGCCAUCCCCCAGAGCCGCGCGCCCGGGCCCCCAGGCGCCGCCCGCGCCCGCAGGGCCCGCGGGGAGCUGGGCAGCGGCAGCAGCGCGGGCUCCGCGGGCCCCGCGGCGACCACCUGCAGGGGCCGGAGGCGCCACUGCUGCAGCAGCGCGGAGGCCGAGACCCAGACCAGCUACACCAGCGUCAAGCAGGUUUCUUCUGCGGAGGUACGCAUCGGGCCCAUGAGAUUGACACAGGAUCCUAUCCAGGUUUUGCUCAUCUUUGCAAAGGAAGACAGUCAGAGUGAUGGAUUCUGGUGGGCCUGUGACAGAGCCGGCUACAGCUGCAAUAUUGCUCGGACGCCAGAGUCAGCCCUGGAAUGCUUUCUAGAUAAACAUCAUGAGAUUAUUGUAAUCGAUCACAGACAGACUCGAAACUUCGAUGCAGAAGCAGUGUGCAGGUCAAUCCGGGCCACGAACCCCUCGGAGCAUGCGGUGAUCCUCGCCGUGGUCUCACAAGCAUCCGGCAACUAUGAAGAGGCCUCUGUCCUCCCCCUUCUGCACGCAGGCUUCAACAGGAGAUUUAUGGAGAACAGCAGCAUAAUCGCUUGCUACAAUGAACUGAUUCAAAUAGAACAUGGGGAAGUUCGCUCACAGUUCAAAUUAAGGGCCUGUAAUUCAGUGUUUACAGCCUUAGACCACUGUCAUGAAGCCAUAGAAAUCACAAGCGAUGACCACGUGAUCCAGUAUGUCAACCCAGCCUUCGAAAGGAUGAUGGGCUACCACAAAGGUGAACUGCUGGGGAAAGAACUUGCCGAGCUGCCCAAAAGUGACAAGAACCGGGCGGACCUUCUCGACACCAUCAACACCUGCAUCAAGAAGGGCAAGGAGUGGCAGGGGGUCUACUACGCCAGACGGAAAUCCGGCGACAGCAUCCAGCAGCAUGUGAAGAUCACGCCGGUGAUCGGCCAAGGAGGGAAAAUCAGGCAUUUUGUCUCCCUGAAGAAGCUGUGUUGCACCAGUGAUAAAAGUAAGCAGAUUCUCAAGAUUCAUCGUGAUUCAGGAGACAAUUCUCAGACAGAGUCUCAUUCAUUCAGAUACAAGAACAGGAGGAAAGAGUCCAUUGAUGUGAAAUCAAUAUCAUCUCGAGGCAGUGAUGCACCCAGUCUGCAGAACCGCCGCUACCCAUCCAUGGCACGGAUCCACUCCAUGACCAUCGAGGCUCCCAUCACGAAGGUUAUAAAUAUAAUCAACGCAGCCCAAGAAAACAGUCCUGUCACAGUGGCAGAAGCCUUGGACAGAGUUUUAGAAAUUUUACGAACUACGGAACUGUACUCCCCUCAGCUGGGUACCAAAGAUGAAGAUCCCCACACCAGUGAUCUCGUGGGAGGGCUGAUGACUGAUGGCUUGAGAAGGUUGUCAGGAAACGAGUACGUCUUCACUAAGAACGUGCCCCAGAGUCAUAGUCACCUUGCGAUGCCAGUAACCAUCAAUGAUGUCCCCCCUUCCAUCGCCCAGUUACUUGAUAAUGAGGAAAGCUGGGAGUUCAACAUCUUUGAACUGGAAGCUGUGACGCACAAAAGGCCAUUGGUUUACCUGGGCUUGAAAGUAUUUUCCCGGUUUGGAGUAUGUGAAUUUCUACACUGCUCUGAAACGACUCUUCGGGCCUGGCUCCAGGUGAUUGAAGCCAACUACCACUCUUCCAACGCUUACCACAACUCCACCCAUGCCGCUGAUGUCCUGCACGCCACAGCCUUCUUCCUCGGCAAGGAAAGAGUGAAGGGAAGCCUCGAUCAGCUGGACGAGGUGGCCGCCCUGAUCGCUGCCACAGUCCACGACGUGGACCACCCGGGAAGGACCAACUCUUUCCUGUGCAACGCGGGCAGCGAGCUCGCCGUCCUCUAUAAUGACACCGCCGUCUUGGAGAGUCACCACACAGCCCUGGCCUUCCAGCUCACGGUCAAAGACAGCAAGUGCAACAUUUUCAAGAACAUCGACAGGAACCAUUAUCGAACACUGCGCCAAGCUAUUAUUGACAUGGUUUUAGCAACAGAGAUGACAAAACACUUUGAACACGUAAACAAAUUUGUGAACAGCAUCAACAAGCCAAUGGCGGCUGAGAUUGACGGCAGCGACUGCGAGUGCAGCCCUCCGGGGAAGAACUUCCCUGAGAACCAGACCCUGAUCAAACGCAUGAUGAUUAAGUGUGCGGAUGUGGCCAACCCCUGCCGCCCCCUGGACCUGUGCAUUGAAUGGGCUGGGAGGAUCUCUGAGGAGUACUUUGCGCAGACAGAUGAAGAGAAGAGACAAGGGCUACCUGUAGUGAUGCCAGUGUUUGACCGGAAUACCUGUAGCAUCCCCAAGUCCCAAAUCUCCUUUAUUGACUACUUCAUAACAGACAUGUUUGACGCUUGGGAUGCCUUUGCACACCUGCCAACACUGAUGCAACAUUUGGCCGAUAACUACAAACACUGGAAGACAUUAGAUGACCUAAAGUGCAAAAGUCUGAGGCUUCCGUCUGACAGUUAA